UCCGUUCUGCCCUGAGCGGGCUGGGCGGUUCGCAGCUGCUCAGCUUCCAGGCAGCAGGCGGCAUUCUGCCCUGAGCGAGCUGGGCAUCCCCAGCUGCCCAACUUCAUGGUCCUAGAUCGUCCUUUCCCCCAAAUACCUGUUGCCAGUAUGUGUUUUUCUUAAGGCCGUAUCUAAAUGUGCUUGGUAACUAGUAAAAUCCUCCGGGGGUUAUAGUUGAAGUAAUACAUUGUUCUGAGGGGCAGUUGCAUCUCUCCAUCAUUUCCAGAGGCUUCUGAGGUAAAGAAUGUAUUCCGGGUUACAGGCAAGUUAUCUGCUGAUCCAAUCCAGAGUCCGGAGCUUUCCCUUGGUCAUAUUUUAUUGGAUGAAACCAUGCAUUCCGUGUCUUUGGAAAUUCCCGGUGGAGGAGGCUAGCGCUCACUAGUCUGCUGAACUGAAAGCCAGAUUCAACUGACCUUCGUCUUUGAGGCAAAGACCUGGUCCACUGGCCCAGGUCAUGUACACAAAGGCGGGUCCCAGCCCUUUAAAGUAGGAAACCUCGUGUCCUGCUGCAGACGUGUCAGAGCCUCCCCGAGAUCCUGAGGUACGCAGCUGUCCACACAGCGUACCAUGAAUCAGGACAUGGAGCUAUGGAAGCAAGUGUUCCAGGAAUUAAUCCAGGAAGUGAAGCCAAGGCACAAAUGGACCCUGACAGAAGACAAAGACCUUCUUCCCAACAGCCUGGAGCCGGGGUGGUCACAGUACCAGCAGUGGGCCUUUGCCAGGUUCCAGUGCUCCUUGUGCUCUCGCAGCUGGGCCUCUUCUCAAGUUCAGGUUGUUUUCCACAUGCACAAGACUAGGGGGAAACCCAGGGGCAACGUGAAGAUGAGGGUCUUUGCCCAGAGAUGUCAGAAGUGCCAUCAGUCUCCAUUUGAGGUUCCCGAGUUCACAAAAGAGAACAUCUCCAGGAUCCUGAACAACCUGGUAUUCCGAAUUCUGAAGAAAUGCUACAGAGAAGGAUUUAAGUCGAUGGAGGAGAUCCCUACCAUUAGGGAAAUCACUCUUGAAGGGCCGCAUGACAGUAACAACUGUGAGGCAUGUCUGCAGGGCUUCUGUGCCCAGAGUGGCUUCAGUGAGGCCGUGCAGUCACCAGUGUCCCCAUCACUUCCUGCCAUAAGCUCACCUGCUCUUGGGACCACCAUUCCCAUGCCCUUUCCCAGUAGAAGUGGCACCACAGUGGACACAGUGAAGGGGAACAUCACCGUGGACAGAGUGAAGGGGAACAUCACCGCCGACACAGUGAGGGGGAACAUCACGGUGGACACAAUGAAGAGGAACAUCACCACAGAUGCAGUGAGGGGGAAUAUCACUGCGGACACAGUGAAGAGGAACAUCACCACAGACGCAGUGAGGGGGAAUAUCACUGCAGAUGCAGUGAAGAGGAACAUCGCCGCGGACACAGUGAAAAGGAACAUCACCGCGGACACAGUGAGGGGGAACCUCACGGUGGACACAGUGAAGAAGAACAUCACCACGGAUGCAGUGAGGGGGAAUAUCACUGCAGAUGCGGUGAAGAGGAACAUCACCGCGGACACGGUGAGGGGGAACCUCACGGUGGACACAGUGAAGAGGGACAUCACCACAGACGCAGUGAGGGGGAAUAUCACUGCAGAUGCAGUGAAGAGGAACAUCACCGCGGACACAGUGAGAGGGAACAUCACCACCAACACAGAGAGGGGGAACUCCACAGUGGACAUAGAGAAGUGGAACGCCAUAGUAAACAAAGGGAAGGCUUUGCCCCAACCCUGGCACCCUGGGUCCAGGGAGGCUGCAAUCCUCCCCACCCACUGGAGCCCAAGAGCAAACACCCAACACCAUGUGGAGACGAGAAUCCAAGUCAGUACCCAUAGCGAGGUGUUCUAUCCCCACACAGCCCCGAAUCCCAGGCGCAAGAACUUGAAUGUUUGCUGCUGUUUUUUCAUUCUGAUUAUUGUCGUGGUGAUUGUCGUAGAGAGCAUUCAGUGGACCUCCAAAUGAUGCCAAGUUCAAAGUCAUGUAGUAUGAUCUCACGGAUAGGAAAUAUCCAGAAAAGGUAAAUCCAGAGACAGAAAGUAGCGUGAUGACUGCCAGGGGCUGUGCGGAAAGGGAUUAAUCUGUUAUAGGGCUUUUGGGGGACAGAAGGUGUGUGGUGAUGAAAAUGUUUGGCAUGAGACAGAGGGGGUCGUUGUACAAUACAGUGAAUGCAGUAAACACCAUUGAAUUGUUCAUUUUAAAUGGUUGAUUUCGUGUGAUUUUUUUUUUUAAGGGUUAAUGUUAAUUUCAAUUCAAUUCUAUCUUGCCUAAGGGAUGCUGAAAUUCUGCUCAUUCUCUGGAGAACUGAGACCGAAGCCUUUAUGGCUCACAGAACCAUUUGGAAAUCUCAUAAGACCUGUGGAUCCUCUCUCCCCAGAGAAGCUUGCACAGACCCGGGGAGGUCAGCAGGUGGAGGCACUUGCAGUGUUUUCACUGGGCUGAAAGCCUAGGUCUCAAAACAGUGUUCUCCACAGCAGGGUCCACGCAGUUCAGGGCUGGGGCAGGACCCACAUGGGGGAGACAGCCUUCAAACUCUGGUUCGUUUCUUUGGACUUUACUAUUCUUUGUUGUAUGGUUUAUAACAAGCAUUAUUGUACUAGUAGAAUGGUAUUGUGACACAAUGUGUAACUAAAUAAACAUACACCAUCUGGAAAGUCA